GGGCGCAGCGCGCUCCGCCCCCGGCCCGGGCAUAUAGCGCCGGCUGCGGGCAUGAGGCGGUGGCGGCGGCGGAGGUUGCGGGGUAUAUGUGUCUUGACACUUUGUGACUCUGUGAAUUUCUCAUUCCUUGGCAACCAAUUAGCAAGUGAGAAACAUGAGGACAAAUCCUGCUAUUCAGGCUGCUAUUGACCUUACAGCUGGAGCUGCAGGUGGGACAGCAUGUGUGGUGACAGGCCAGCCCUUUGACACAGCUAAGGUUAAGAUGCAGACAUUUCCCAACAUGUAUAAAGGACUCGUCGACUGUUUUGUGAAGACCUAUAAACAAGUGGGAUUUCGAGGCUUCUAUAAGGGAACCACACCAGCACUUGUAGCCAAUAUAGCAGAAAACUCUGUUCUGUUCAUGUGCUAUGGCUUUUGCCAACAAAUUGUGAGGUUUCUUGCUGGACUAGACAGGAAAACAGAGCUGAGUGAUCUUCAGAAUGCAGCUGCUGGCUCUUUUGCUUCUGCAUUCGCCACUUUGGUUCUUUGUCCCACAGAACUAGUGAAGUGUCGACUGCAGACCAUGCAUGAAUUGCAGCUAUCUGGGAAGAUAACACAAGGACACAAUACAGUUUGGUCUGUAGUGAAAGGUGUUCUUCAAAAGGAUGGUCCCCUUGGGUUUUACCGUGGUCUGUCCAGCACUUUACUUCGGGAACUCCCAGGCUAUUUUGUCUUCUUUGGAGGAUAUGAGCUGAGUCGGACAUUUUUUGCAUCGGGGAGAUCAAAAAAUGAACUAGGUCCUAUUCCUUUAAUGAUAAGCGGUGGCUUCGGAGGCAUCUGCUUAUGGAUUGCUGUGUACCCUAUAGACUGUGUCAAAUCUAGAAUUCAGGUUCUUUCCAUGGCUGGAAAACAGGCGGGUUUCAUGGGAACGUUUUCAAAUGUUUUGAGAAAUGAAGGAGUACUUGCUUUGUAUUCUGGACUAAAGCCUACUAUGCUUCGUGCAUUCCCAGCCAAUGGCGCAUUAUUCCUUGCCUAUGAGUACAGCCGGAAGAUAAUGAUGAAACAGAUUGAUGCCUACUGAAGCCUUCCAGCAGAUCUCUUGAAGAAAGUGGAGCUAGAACUAUAGGUCACCUUGGGGCUUGACUGUGCACACAACAAAUUGGGUGACCUUGUUUUUAAGAAACCUGCUUUUUAUUGAAGAUUUUAAACUUUAAAAAAAAAAAAGUAAACUGAUCUUCCUAGACAGUAAGUACACUUUUUUUUUUUAAGUCAAUCCACAGGACUGGCUGGGGCUGGGUAGAGAAGUUUGCAAGCUGGAGAUAUUUGCACACUUGUUCCACCAAUUAAUGCUGCUCAAGAGACUUUAAGAAGCAUACUGCCCUUGAUAGCCUUUGUACUCAGCAUAAGAUGCUACAGUUGUGUUUCCAGUUGAACCUACUGUUCCCAUUUUUAAAUCUAAUUCUCUAGUGGUAGAGCAGAAAGUUGGUCAGGAUUUCCUUUUUUCCAGUAUUGGUAAUGCAGUGUUUACCAAUGCCCUGUAAUUUUGAGAAAAUGUGUGAACAAAUAUUUUAGCUUGGCACCAGGUUGGGUUACAUUUAUUUCAGCCUGAAACUAUGAGCUUCUUGUUAAAGAGUAAAGCAAAUUACUAGCUGGGUCAGACACUACACUUAACUUACUAGAUUAGGUCAGAGGUGUCAAACUCAUCUGGCUCCAUAGGCCAGGUGGGUAGUGUGGGGGUGAUCCAUGGGCUGGUUCUGGCUUAUGGACCCCCCCCAUUCUCUUCCCCAGCAUAUCUGAUUCAGUAGAUGCUCCAGGUGAUCUGGGACCUACACUGUACUUGCUGCCUCUGCAGCCCCAGACCCACUGCCUGCAAGUGCUGUGAACAGCAUGAGUCCUGGAGCAGGUGCCAUGUGGCAUAGUCCAGCUGGGGUGGCAACUGCACAGCAGCUAUUCCAGCUGGACUGGACUAUAUGCCUAGGCAGCAUAUGACCCAGACCAGCUAGAACAGUGACUGGAUCAAGUAUGGAAAGUGAGGAAGGCUGCAUGCUGUUUGGGGCAGUACUGGGUGCUGGAUGGCAGGACUUCCUGGCUUGUUUGUUUGACACCUCUGGGAUUAAAUCAUCCUGCAAAGUUAGAGGAGACCAAUGCUUUGCUUGAGGCUUGGGAUAGUCUUCCCCUAAGCAUACUACAAUCACAAUACUGUUAUAAGAGGUUGGGAAAGAAGUUGCCAGCAGUCAAAUUACAUUUAUGCUUUUUGGAUGGAAUAAUUGGCUUCAGUAGGCUAGAAUAAGUCACUUCAACUAUGAGAGUACAGUGAUUGGGAGUGGGAGACCAUGGCUUCAACUUCUUCUCCCCAGGUCAGAGUAGGCAUUCAAACCAACUUCUCAUUUCACUACUCACCCUUAAAGUCAUUAUUUUCUCCAACUUCCUGACCAUGCAAAUAGUUCAUGUGCUAGGUAGAGCAGCAGCCUUAGACUACACAAAGGCAACUUAUUCCAACCCCCUGUAUUGUACCAUAGCAAAACAAUUUACCCUCUGUGUGGAAGACUCAGUUUAAAAACCUCCCAAAGGUAUGGGUUACAGCUGUGUUGGUCUAAGGACUUAUCUCAGUUACCUAAGUACUUGUCUGUAUAUCUUUUAUUACACCAACCAAAUACUUAGAAAAAUUGUUUUUUACAAGCUUUUGGGCACAAGACACCCUUCUUCAGGCAUAGACCAGCAUGUCUUCACAGCCUCAGGGUUCUGGCCUAUGCAGUACUAGAUAGAAGAGACCUAUCAGUUAUGUGAAUCUAGUCUUUAGCAACAGGAACUAAAGCAAAAUAGUUAAGUAUUUGAUCACUUGGAGCUAUAGGUACAAAGCCAUCUUUAGCAAAUAUUUGAUGAAAACAUGUAGUAGUAGUAGUAUUUGCUGGUACUUUCUAGCUGAAGGUCACUAGCUUCCUUGCUGUACUUCUCUCAGCAGUAUGUAAGCCUAAAAAAAGAAUUGGAACAACAGGGUUUUUUGGAGUUCUUUAUUUUGUUUGGUUUUUUUAAAAACAGAGUAUGCUGGUGUCUUUGAUCUUCUUGUAGCUACUUGGUCCAUGGAAAUUUGAUUACUUCCUCUUAUCCAUCUCUUCUGUAAAGAAUUAAUUCCCUAUAAGCUCAAAUAUCUGGCACUGUAUGCAGUCUGGCUGCAUAACCCACAAGUGAGAAAAAUAUUAAAAAGAGAACAAGUAGUAGCAGCAGCAGCUGCCUCCUCUAGUUUAGUGUUCCUAUAAUCUAAAGGAUUCUCUGUGUUAAUGCUACUUCUGGCUUCAGCUAGUCUUUAGAGGACAGCAGAAGGAUUCCAUAAGACAGGAUUCCUGGUAGGAAUAAAACAACCUUAAAUUUGAGUUAGUUUUGGUUUGCUUUGUGACUUAUCCUUUAGGUCAGGUUUGUUUUUUAAAGAUCUCUGCAGGCACAGGAAGGUGACCCAGCUCUUGUAGGCUUGAACAACCUCCUAUUCCAGGGGUGGGCAAAGUGUGGCCUACUGGCCACAUCUGGCCUGCCAAGAAAUUCCAUCCAGCUUGAAGGGCUUAUCUGCAAGCCCUGGCCCUUGCUACCCCUCUGCAAGCUGGCACCUCCACACAGGAGGUAUAGUUCUGGUUGCCAAGCACCUGCCCCCCCUCACCAACCUGACCCAUGCCAGCCCCAAGCUAACAGGCACUAGAGACAAGAAGCCAAUGACUGGCAGAGCUUUUGCUGGUGCCCUGUACUUGUUCAGCCCACCUCGACUUGUAUUUAGGGCCCUUGCCUGCAAGCUUGGAACAUACCAGAGUAAGACUAUUUUGAGCUAUAAUGCAAUCACCUCUAGAUACACUAUGCAAGUGGAGUCAAGAGAGACUUAUUUAAGUCAAAAUAAAGUUAAUGUGUUCA